AUGGUCGCGGUUUCCACGGCAACCGCACUCCCCGCCCGGCCACGACCCGGAAGAAGCUGGAACACGUCGGCGACUGGCCGGCGUCUCAGGUCGGUUUCCGGGUCACGGCGGAGCGGGUUGUUUGGCGGCGGAGCGGGGCGGCCCGCAGAAAUGAUCACCAAGAACCACAAAGGAGACCUGGGCCUUCGGCUUCCAGAGAAAAAUAAGAAGAAGGUAGAACCAGAGACUCAGUACUUGUUUUUGAGCAGUAACAGUUAUUACACUGAGGUCUGUCCCACCACAGCCAUGUCAUCCACGAAGAAUGUGAUCCAAGGGCGGGCACGCGAGACCCCUCUAGUGAAGAAAAAGAAGAAGAAAAAGAAGGAGCACAGCACCAUCUGUGAGGAGCAUCUAGAACCUGAGACCACAUUCCGGGCCAGGCAGACAGAGAAGUCUCCCAGCCCCAGGACACAGGCUCUUGGUUCAUCCGAGUUCCUCAAUGGGGAGAAGAAAAAGAAGAGGAAGUCCUCAUGGCCUCUGGCCCUGUCCCCUGGUGUGAGGGAGAAGACCUCCCUGGACCCCAGACAGGUUGAGGAAGUGACCAGAGUUGGCAGAAAGCUCAAAAAACACAGGGAGAAAAAGGCCCAGGAGGCAGCAGCCUUCUUAGUUGGGGACCCUUGGGUCUGUGAGGCUCGGGACACCCUGCACGCGUGCUCAGUGGGAAAGGAUGACCAGGAACAGGCAGCCUUGGUGCAGAAAAGGCAGCAGAGGGGCCCUAGGGAACACGUGAACAAGAAGAAGAAAAAGAAAACCCACCAGGAGGAAGACACCCGCCUUGGCCACCCCAAGCCCGCUGGGUCCACGGAGAGCAGCCUUAGGAAAAGAUGUGCGAAGAAGCCAGUCAAAGUUGAGGCUUCAGAAUAUAUCCCCGUAGGAGACAGCCUCAAGGCCCCUGUGAGGAAGAAAACGAAGCCCACUAAAAAGGUCGAGGAGCCAGGCACUGAGGAGCCAGCUCUGAAGAGGAAGAAGAAGAAGAAGGACAAAGUAGCAGAACUUUGGAAGGAGGAGCCUGACACAGACUUAGAGGUGGUGCUGGAGAAGAAAGGCAACAUGGACGAGGCACACAUAGACCAGGUGAGGCGAAAGGCCUUGCAGGAAGAAAUUGAUCGUGAGUCAGGCAAAACGGAAGCAUCUGGAACUCAGACAUGGACAGGAACUCAGUUUGGCCAGUGGGAUACUGCUGGUUUUGAAAAUGAGGACCAGAAGCUGAAAUUUCUCAAACUUAUGGGCGGCUUUAAAAAUCUGUCCCCUUCAUUCGGCCGCACCCCUGACACGACCAGGAGGCCCAACAUGGCGCUGGACAGGCUGGCGGCCUGCAGCCUGCAGCAGAGCCUGCAGCGGGACUACGCGAGGGCCAUGACCCGGAAGCACGGCGGGCGCGCUGGCCUCGGCUUCGCCGCCUCAGACAAAGUCUUCUAUAUCGAUAGGAACGCUUCCAAGUCCAUCAAGUUUGAAGACUAAACUCUACUGUCUUGUCUCGCGAGUCAAAACUGCUUUUGGUAUUCAGUUAUGCAGAUGAGAGCCUCUGACCAGUGUUCCACUUGAGCUCCUGCAAAGGUUAAGGAAGACUCGAUGUGCUGGACACCUGCGAGGGGGCAGCACAUGGUUCAGGAGCUGAGAGAACAUGCGAGUGGCCAAAAUCCACUAUGUUCUGUGCUGGCCCUCCAUCCCUGAUUGAAGACAUCACCAUGUAUAAAUAUCAGCUGUUUGUUGAAGACUUGGUAUAUGCCAGACACAUACUCAUAUGUUUUACUUGCAUUCAGGUAUUUAAUUUUAAUUAUGCAAUAGGUGCUGUUUUUAUCCCCAUCUUAUAGAUGAGGAAACUGAGGUUCAGGGAUGAAGUAAUAACAUGUCCAGGGUCACCCAGCCACUAUGUGCCAAAUGUACUUUUGUACCUCAAGCCCUACAUUCACUGCUCUGGAUGUCCCCCUCUGGGACUUUCUCCCAGAAUACUGACUGGGAAUAAAAAAACUGAUUGAAGGAACAGAAGUCUAUUACAUGUCUAAAUCGCAAACAGGAAGUAGUUAGUGAUAAGUAGAGUAACAAGCUCACUUUCCUUUUCCAUCUUGGAGUAGUUGCAGGCAAGGAAGCAUCUGAAUAGCCAACCAAGCAGGUGUGGCUGCCCCAUGCACCAUGGGGACUGGGUCCCAGCCUGAACUCCACAGCAGCCAGAGAGCUCUGGGUACAGAGACCCUGACCACCUUCUCCCCAUUCAGCUAGAAUUUUGCUUCCCAAAAUAUAAGUCCUGAUGGGGACAUUUUCACAUCAUUUGGCUGAAUGCCUCCUACACACAUCCUACGUGGCCGGAAGACUCCGUCUCCCACGGCAGGAAGUCCUAAUAGAGGGGUUGACCCAGCAUCUCACUAGAGAACCGUUCUUUCCUCCCUGCUCCAUCAGUGGCUCCUCAGACCGGUGGAGAGAUGGCCAUAGCAAUUCCAGGCAGCUCAUCAAGAAACUAGAACAUUCCAGAGGAAGAUGGAAACCCUGUGGCCCCUGACAUGGAGGAAGAUUCUCCUCAGGCCAGCCAGCCAGGGGCAGUGAGGACGGAUGCUGGUGGGAGGAACGGGCAGAGGUGAGGCAGGCCUGCCAGGGCCUAGGCAAGCAUUGGCCAGAAGCCCUACAACUCUGCCCAGGCCAGUAGUAAUAAGUGGUUAGAGCAUUGGCCUGUGCAUCAAAAGAUUACGGGUUUGAUUUCAGGUCAAGGCCAGGUACUUGGAUUUUAGAUUCCAUCCCUGGCCCAUUUGGGAAGCAUGCAGAAGGCAACCAAUCUGUCUCUCGAUCAUACAUCAAUGUUUCUCUGCCACUUCCCUCCCCUCCACCUAUGUCCCUUCCAUGUGCCUCUGUCCCUUCUACUCUUAAAAGAAAAAAAAAAAAAAAAAGCCUGGAAAAUAUAUUCUUGGGCGUAGAAAUCAGCCUUGCUGGGCCAGGCCACACAGCAGCUCUGGUGUAUGUAUGACCCACCUACUGUACUCAGAUUUUGGAACUAAUUCUGUUUGAAAUGUACAGCCUCAACAUAGAAGUAACUUUUUAAGGCACAUAAUUUGUGAUUUUGUGAAUUUUUUCAUUUAAAUACUAUUGUAGUAAAAGUAUUGGAAAUAGUUUUGUGAAAUAAAGGCCACUUGGGGGUGUUUGGGCGAUGCAA